CGCCAACAAGGGACAUAGACAACCAGUUUAAACCGUCAUACAAUGGGCUCAGCUUACACAAUCCUCGGCAGAACCGUUCCAGCUCACCAAAUCGCCAUCGGUACCUUGAGUGCAGCUCUUUUGCUUGCGAUUCCAAACCCAUUUGCAGCUGCUGUGAAGCCUACUCCAAAGAUUGAGGCCUCUUCUCCAGAGGAGAAGAAGUUCAUUGAGGACUACUUGAAGCAGGCCGAGGCCAAGGCUGCAGAGAAGCACUGAGCUUUGCUGUGUGCUGUCUGUCUAUAAGCUGCUAUAUAUAU